CUGAAUUGAGGUCGCGAGCCGAGCUCGCUGAUUCGCUGGUGGGCCAGAGCCGGAGAGGAACUGCUGGCUACUGUGUCAACCUGUCUAAGUCCCGUCUCCCAUUGAGGAACACUGGAUGUUUUAACUGAAUGUUUUAUUCACUGGUCGGUACUGCUUUUACUUCACACUAAGGACGUCCGGAGAAGCGAUUUUUAUUACGGCAGCACAGUCUGCAUCCCCACUGCUGAGGCAUCAACUCCAUUUACAUCCCAGUGCCAUGCACUUAAUGGCAUUACCUUAUGGAAGGUAACUUAAUCGCCCAUCUUUCGCCCUUUGGCCCGUCCCAUGUCUGAGAACAGUGAUCCAAAGCACUACCUGUACUCAGCCCUGGACGGGCGUGAACGGAACCGUGAAAGGGUCGGUUUUCAGGUGGAAGAAGAGGAGCGCUCUCACUGCAGCUCCAUUAGCCAACUUCUCGGCAUGGCCACUUACAACAAGGGUUGUGACGCGCGGGAUGGGGUCGAACUGGAAGGAGAGUUAGGAUUGGCCUCCGAGGGGAGCGACAGCGGCCACGAGCACCCGGCCUCGCCGCGGUCCCCGCACGACGACAGGAAGCGGCCGCGCCAACCCUUACACGAGGAUGUUGAGAUGGGUGGCAGCGGCUCGAGUGGGAGCGGGACAGAAUCCCACGGUAACGAGUCGCACGGCAAUGAGUCCCAUGGCAAUGAAUCUGUGGGCAGCUCAAAUGGCAAUGGCAAGGACUCCGCUCUCAUGGAGUCUUCAGGGAGCAACAAGAGCUCAAACUCUCACAGCCCGUCGCCGCCAAGCAGCUCCAACGCCUUCAGUCUGGUGAGCUCUGAGCAGGACAACCCUUCAACCAGCGGCUGCAGCAGUGAACAGUCAGCCAAAGCUAAGACACAGAAGGAGCUCUUCAAGACCCUUAAGGAGCUGAAAAUGCACUUGCCGUCGGAAAAGAGGAGCAAGGGCAAGUCCAGCACGGUCAACACGCUUAAAUAUGCACUGCGGUGUGUCAAACAAGUGAAAGCCAAUGAGGAAUACUACCAGAUGCUGAUGGUUAAUGACAGUCAGCCACCAGGGUUUGAUGUGUCCUCCUACACCAUUGAGGAAAUCAACAGCAUCACCUCUGAAUACACCCUCAAAAACACUGAUAUAUUUGCUGUAGCUGUCUCGCUCAUCACGGGGAAGAUUGUUUAUAUCUCAGACCAGGCGGCGUCCAUCUUGAACUGCAAGCGGGAGGUGUUUAACAAUGCCAAGUUUGUGGAGUUCCUGACGCCUCAGGAUGUUAGCGUGUUCUACAGCUUUACCACGCCCUAUCGCCUGCCCUCAUGGAGCAUGUGCACCGGAGCAGAGUCGUCUCCCACGGAGUGCAUGCAGGAGAAAUCCUUCUUUUGCCGCAUCAGUGGUGGUAAGGAACGUGAAGGGGAUCUCCAGUACUAUCCUUUCCGUAUGACUCCUUACCUGAUGAAAGUCCAGGAUGCUGAGCUGGGUGAGGACCAGUUCUGCUGCCUCCUGCUGGCUGAGAGGGUGCACUCUGGGUACGAAGCACCCAGAAUUCCUCCUGACAAACGUAUCUUCACCACCACGCACACACCCAACUGUGUGUUUCAGGAUGUGGAUGAGAGGGCUGUUCCCCUCUUGGGUUACCUCCCUCAGGACCUGAUCGGGACCCCCGUGCUACUCAAUCUGCACCCAAGUGACCGACCCCUACUGCUUGGUGUGCAUCGCAAAAUUCUGCAAUAUGCUGGUCAGCCGUUCGAUCACUCCUCGACCCGUUUCUGUACAAGAAACGGCGAGUACAUCACCAUCGACACCAGCUGGUCCAGCUUUGUCAACCCGUGGAGCCGCAAGGUCUCCUUUGUCAUUGGCAGGCAUAAAGUCCGCAUGGGUCCUGUGAAUGAAGAUGUUUUUGCAGCACCUGCUUUCCAUGGAGGGAAGAUCAUGGACUCGGACAUACAAGAAAUUAGUGAACAGAUCCAUAGGCUGCUACUCCAACCGAUCCACAACAUGGGCUCCAGCGGUUAUGGUAGCCAUGGCAGCAAUGGUUCCCACGAGCAGCAAGUGAGCAUCUGCUCGUCCAGUGAGAGCAAUGGGAACGCCACGACGGGGAAGACGGUGGAGGAGACAGGCAAGGCCAAGCCUCCCAGGACGUUCCAGGAGAUUUGUAAAGGGGUCCACAUGCUGAAGAACCAGGACUCCCAGGUCUGCCUGCGCUCCCCUCCCCCAUCACCAUUGCCAUCCAAGUCUGAGCAGAAGAAGCCCACUGACACAGCAGCAGGUCAGAGGAGUCCUGCAGUGCGCCUGAAGGACUCUGUGCCCCCCCAUCAGGUCAGAGACAGUACUGCAGCCAGCAUUGAGGACUUUGCCUGCAAAAACCACACUGUCCACUCCUACCAGCAGAUUAGCUGCCUUGACAGUGUCAUCAGGUACCUGGAGAGUUGUAACAUACCCAUCACAGUGAAGAGGAAGUACCAGUUCUCCUCCAACACCACCUCCUCCAACUCAGAUGAGGACAAGAAGGGCUCAGAGGAUGACAUGCAAGUGCCUGAAGAUACAAACCCAGACUCUUUGAUGCUAGAUGCCCAACCAGGCCUGUCAAACAUGAAAGCACCAAAGAAGCCUCCAUCUGGGGCAGCUGCAGUGGUGGGAAGCCCCCUGGCACCCCUCACCCUGCCCAGCAAGGCUGAGAGUGUGGUAUCCAUCACCUCACAGUGCAGCUACAGUAGCACCAUCGUCCACGUGGGAGACAAGAAGCCUCAGCCAGAGUCUGAGAUUAUCGAGGACGUGGCAGAGAGCCCUGCACCCCCAGCUCUGCCUGUCAGCGUGGUGUCUCCGCCCAGCCAGGAGAAGGAAGCCUACAAGCGGUUGGGACUGACCAAACAGGUGCUGGCCGCACACACCCAGAAAGAAGAGCAGGCCUUCCUCACCCGCUGCCGAGAGCUCCGCAACGCCAGGACCUUCCAGAAGGACUAUUCCACACAUCUGCUCAAGCAGAGGGGUCCAGCCACCACUGAAGGAUCAUCUAGACCACGAGGUGCAGCCAAACAGGGCACCACCAGGCCCGAAACUACUGCCAAGAAGGGCAUCCGCAACCGGAAGUCCAAGAAACCACGGAUGAAGCAUCCUGAUUCGUCAGAUAGCGCUGUAUCGAACCGCAAACCCCGGCCCCCUCUCCAGGGUCUCAACCAAACCUCAUGGUCCCCUUCAGAAGCAUCCCAGUCCGCUUUUAAUGUCUCCUACCCAGCCAUGGUGCCUGCCUACCCACUCUACCCCCCAGCACCUGCUGCCCCAGCUCAGGUCCCCCACACUGACCCAUCCCUUUCUGCAGGCUUUGGAGAGGGGCAAAGCACCCAAGCCCCACCUACUGCCACUCCAUUUCCUGCACCAAUUGUUACACCUGUGGUGGCUCUGGUGCUACCCAAUUAUAUCUUCCCCCAAAUAGGACAGUUAGGACAGCUGGGGGCUGCUCCUAGACCAGCGUUUUUCCCUGAGCAGACCCAAACGCAGCCGACAUACACUACUCAGCAGCCCUUUCAGCCCCCACAGCCGGCCUACAACAUUCAAACGCAACCCCCCUACACCAGCCAACCGCCAUUCCCGUUGCAGACUGCCUUUAACCCGCAGCAGCCGUUCCAAACAACUCACACCCCCUAUGCUACCCAGCAACCUUUCCAGGCCCCCCAGACGGCAUUUACCCCCCAGCAGCCAUUUCAAACUGCUCAGACGCCCUUCGCCACCCAGCAACCUUUCACGACCCCGCAGACUGCCUACACUACCCAGCAGCCCUUCGCUGCCCAGCCUUCUUUCCCAGUGCAGACUCAAUUUGUGGCUCAAGCUCCGUAUUCAGCUCAGGCCUUCCCUUACAGUCUAGCCUCCGAGCCCUCUAAAGCCUUGGCUGUGGAGCCCCGAGAGGGGGCGGCAUCGCGUUCCUCCACCCCAGCCUCUGGAGCGAGGGAGCCUGCCACGUCACCGCCGCUGUUUGAGUCGCGGUGCAGCUCCCCCCUGCAGCUCAAUCUGCUGAGCAUGGAGGAUGGACAGCGCUCAGUGGAACGGCAGGACAGCACAGCACUCCCUGCUGGAGGCCAGGGCAACAGUACAGCCGGAGCAGCAGGGGAAAAGAACGGAGGCGCGGCCCAGUCUGAAAACCACCAGCAGGUGGAGUCUCCAGUAGAUGGGGCUCACAGCGAUGGUAACUCCUCAUCCUGCGACUUGCUGGACAUCCUGCUGCAGGAGCAAGAGGACUCCCACUCUGGCACUGGAUCAGCCACCUCUGGAUCCAUGGGCUCAGGAUCGGGCUCUGGAUUGGGCUCCGGAUUGGGCUCAGGCUGUCGUACAUCAGCUAGUGGAGCUUCUGGCAGCAGAACAGGGAGCAGCAACACCAGCAAAUACUUUGGCAGCAUUGACUCCCUGGAACACGACCCCAAAGCCAAAGCCAAGACAAGAGGCGAAGAAGGCUCUGAAGGCAGCCAGUCACAAACCAAGCUCUCAACCCAAGCAGAUGGAGAGCAUUUCAGCAAAUACGUUCUCCAGGAGCCCAUCUGGCUGCUGAUGGCCAAUGCUGACGACAAGGUCAUGAUGACCUAUCAGAUGCCUGCCAGGGACAUUCAGAAGGUUCUGCGAGAAGACAAAGAGAGGCUGAGACAGAUGCAGAAGAGCCAGCCUCACUUCUCCUCAGACCAGCGACGAGAGCUCGUGGAGGAAUACCCCUGGAUGAGGAGGGGAGGCCUACCUGCUGCGAUCAAUGUGAAGGAGUGUGUAUACUGCGAGGAUGCAGCAGCAGACCCCAUCGAGGAGGACAUGCCAGACAUGGACAUGGGCGAGCUGGGUGAAGAGUUAAGGCAAGAGAGCCAGAACGCUCCGACCCAAUCAGAGGAACCUCAGUCUCAACCAGACGUUGGCUCCUGAACACCCACACUGCCAGCAGGGGGACACACUCGACCAGCCAUGGACCCUCAUGAUGCGCACACACAGACACACACAUACACAAUGUGGAUGUGAGACAAACACACACAACAUGAACUCAAGCAGAACUCUGUGUUGCCAUUGUGGUGAAAUAUGAGGAUGUGCGUCCGUGUGUUGUGCAGAGGAAAACUGCUGAAGUGCAGUUCUUAUUGUGCCCAUACAGGGGGCAGUAACGCUCUGAGGGUCUUUGUAUGCUUGACCCUCAGAUAGUACUUUUGCCAGCUCACACACACUUUCUCUCUCUAAAAUGACCUGGACCCUGCCUGUGUGGUUGGUAACCUUCAGACCCAGAUUUUUUGUAUUAUAUAUAUAUAUAUAUAUAUAUAUACUUUGACAAAAAUAAUUGUCAUUCAACAGUUUUAAAAUGUCAUUAACAAAGAGCCCAGUAUUGCUGUGUAAAUACUCUGCUACCAGACAUUAUGUUUGUGUUGUCCUUGUUUUGCCACAUGGUCCCAUUGAAGCCACAGGAUCCCCCUUGUUUUCCCACGAGGAACUAUGUAGAAUGGUUUUAGUCCUCAAUGGAUGAUGUAGUCAGGGUCCAAGGGCAGGAACUCCCACUUUUGUAUCAUGGAUGAGUUUUUACCCCACUACUUUUCUCGGACCUGAGAAUUUGCAAUAUCCAGGCACAGCAGUGGUAGAACCUGACUCAACAGCCAACACAGUGACAUCUAGGCUGAACUUUCCAGUGACAAUCUGAUACAUAGUGCAAGCUGUCCAUUUAUCUAAGUAUCUUAUUUAUUUUCUACCACAUAAUGUAUCUAGAAUAGCUUUUAUUUUUUUUUUUAAAGCUAAAGCCAAAUCCAUUCAGCUUAAGGACAGUAUUUAUACAGUACAAAUAACAGUUGACAGGUGUUGACAAUUAACUCCACGGGAUAUUUAAAGCCACUUUACUCUUAAAACUAGAGCCUCGAAGUGCUGUAUGCCUCUGCCGACCUUUAAACAGCACAGGUGCUAUGAAGAAGUGGGCAUCAUCACAGAUUAAGAAGCUGUUGAAAUAUUUUUUCUUAUAGAAAAAAAAAUCAACAUCAGAACAUUGAUACAUGAAAAGCAGAGGUAAAGAGGAUGGUUGUUUUCUUUUUUAAGAGAAUGAUGUAUCCGUGUACUGAAAUUGUUGAGUAAUUUUCUUUUUCUGUCAAUAUGGUGCAGUUCUUCUACAAAAUGUAAUUUUUAGAUCAAAACAGUGCUAUUUAGGAAUUUUUACAUUAUGCAAAACGACAUUGUCUCCUUUUUCAGAGACAUUUAUUUUCUCAUUUUGUCACAGAUUUUUCCGGCUUAAAAAAUAGGAACACACACUUAAUGAACUGCUUUACCACACCGAGGACCUUUUUUCUCUUUUUUUCCUCUGAUUUUUCUUUUUUUAUUCUUUUACAAUACUGGCAAAUUUUAAGCACCAGAGGGAACUAGGGAAGGACUCUAAACCCUAGGGCUUUGCAGAUGUGUGUGCAGCAGUACAGAUAUUUUCAAAUGGUAGCAGGAUAUCGUGCUUUCAACAGAAGUCAAUACUGAGCACUUAAAUAUAGAUUGUAGUUGGAAGACAGCAUUACAAUUGUAGCAUAUAAGGGGACCAUGUUGCCUCAGUUAUGUAGGAACCUGGGUUACGCAGGAAAUGGUGCAUACAAUAUAUGCAUGCAUCAGCAACCGUGGAAGCCCCUUGUUAUCUAACAUGUAGUGUUGAGGAAACUGUGAUCCACAUUGGCCCCCUGUAGUCGAGGUAAACAGUACUACAGAGAAACUGUUGGGGCUUGUGAAUGUAACAGACUGGACCAAGAGCAUCUCAGUGGCUUAGUUUGUUUUCAUGAUUCUUUUUUUUUUUUUAUUGUUACUGUUUUUUUCUUGUGUGUUUUGUAGUAUUUGUUUGACGAAUGUGGACACUUUUGAGUGUCAUUGGGGAUGGACCCUACCUCUAAUAAAUCCCAGGUCAUGUUACUGUACACAGGACAUUACAUGUGUGUGCAUGUGGGCAAAGCACAAUGGACAGAGCGGUCAGAUACUCGAGUGAUUCCGGUGAGUGAUGGGUUUGUACUGCGAGUCUCUGCCUUAGAUUGGCAUAGGGUUUGUUGACUCCUUCUGAAUGCACAGAGAGGACAGGCACCUGUCACCACCUUUAGCAACCACAAUCUAUCUCUGUCUUUUGUCUCUUUUCUGUGCAAAAUAUCUCAAAGGGGGCCUCCAACGCCCACCUGUGUGUAAACCAUUAAGAAUGUGUGAAUGGAAACUAAAAUAUGUGGAAAUAAGCUGUUCUGGAUGUUGAGAGUAAGAGUGAUGCUGCCUUGCAUACAGGGAAUCCAUUUUUAAAUGAAUUGCACACUGGUGGGUGGUCGGAAGCACCCUGAUCUAUAAAUUCAUACACACGGUACUGGCACAUGAUGCUAUGUACAGUCAUGUAAAUGUGUUUAAUUGCCAUUGUAUGAGUCUGUGGUAUGCUAAACUAGCACAGUCCUGUGCAUUUUUGUAGGUAAGAUGUGUGUUGUUUGCAACAUGGAGACAAUGUUAUAAUAAAACUGCAGAAAUAUCA